AACUUGAGACUCACCGCCCUAGCUAGGCUUAGGCUAGAACUGGCUAACUCUCAGGAAACUCUGGAGGAAACUGAUUCCAGUAAUCGAAGGGUGGUUCUCGCCCUCUAUGAGGCCCUGAGCUCGCACGACGUGGCCACGGUGCACCAGAUCGUCGCCCCCGACCUGGAGUGGUGGUUUCAUGGUCCGCCUUCUCACCAGUUCUUGAUGCGCCUUCUGACCGGUACUGCCCCCGCUUCUGCCACAUCUUUCCGAUUUGUGCCUCAGUCCAUUACUUCCUUCGGGCCCACCGUCCUCGUCGAGGGCUGCGACCACGCCCGCUCUAUUUCCUGGGUUCACGCCUGCACCGUCACUGAUGGGAUAAUCACUCAGGUCAGGGAGUACUUCAAUACAUCCCUCACCGUCACGCGCCUCAGUAACUCCAACUCAUCUUCAACGCUGUCGGAUUUCUCUUCUACGCCGUCAUCCUCAUCAACGAUUGAGAUAACGCCUCUCCAUUGCCCGUCCCUUUGGGAGAGCAGCGUCUCCAGCCAGGUCGGAAAGUCGGUGCCGGGUCUGGUCCUGGCGAUAUAGUACUAUUUUCUCCCUAUAUUCGUCCGAUCAGCUGCAGUCGUUACUAUUAUUAAAAGUAAAUAAAAGUGCACAGGUGUCAGCCCCUGAUUGAGUGAAUCACUUAUGGGCUGAGCUGGAUUGCCGUAAAAGAUCGAGUCGGAGAGAUGUAAGCUCCUUAUUAAGGUCGUGUAUGGGUGUGGGUUUGCUUGUUUGGCUGGCAUCCUAAUUUGUAUGUUUGCGUGCCUGUCUGUCUGUCUGUCUGUCUGUUGUCUGGUUGUCGUGUUUAGUAUCGCGGUGGUGUUGUGUUGAUCGUGUGUGAGGGACAUGGAAACCAUGACGGUGGAAUAUUCGUAUUGGUCAUAUACCGAUGCAUCUUAUGUAAUCUCGUGUUUUGGUUGUGCAAUAAAGAUAUAUGCUCGUGAUUGUGAUA